GCGCUGAGGGCCGCGGUGGCCGCGCGGCUGCCCGGGGGGCCCGUGCGGUGCGUGCGGGUGGCAGGCGGCGCCGCCGCCGCCCCAGCGCCCGCGGGCGCGAAGAAGGUGCACCUCAUCCGGCACGGCGAGGGGCACCACAACGUCGCGCAGCGG